UCGAGAGCAGCAGCCAGAGGCAGUCUUCAUAUUCACGGUCGGACGACAGUCGAGUCACGUUCAGCAGUUCGUACUCGAACCUUGUGAUACUGUAAAAGCAAUUUGUCAAAUUUACAAACAUGAGUGUUCCAGCUGGUGAUGCUGAAAAGGGAAAGAAGAUCUUUGUUCAGAGAUGUGCUCAAUGUCACACUAUCGAGGCCGGUGGUAAACACAAAGUUGGCCCGAAUCUGCAUGGUCUGAUUGGCAGAAAGACCGGUCAGGCUGCGGGGUACGCUUACACAGAUGCCAAUAAGGCUAAGGGUAUCACUUGGAACAAGGAUACGCUGUUCGAGUACCUCGAGAACCCGAAAAAGUACAUUCCUGGCACGAAGAUGGUGUUCGCCGGCUUGAAGAAGCCCCAGGAGCGGGGUGAUCUCAUUGCUUACAUUGAACAGGCCUGCAAGUAAAUUCACCUUAUCCUUGGAGAGUCAACUCGUGCUGAGAUUGUAUUGUACUGGACAGCCGGGAACUUAGGGCAAUUAUCAUCAAUGUAUAACCGUUGCGUCCCAGUCAAUCAAUUUUUCGAAUCCAGUGGACGGCUCUUUCUUUUUAAACAGCAAUGAAAAAAAAAAAAAAAAAAAGAAUUAUGAAUAAAACUCGCGUCGUUUUACGAUAAAUGAAGCACCUAGUGGAAAUUGUUAAUAUUGUUAAAUAAGUAGGAAAAAAAAAAAAUUAAAAACCUUGUGAAAAAGUAACGAAUGUAUGUACAUUGCUCAGCGAGUCUGAACGCAAAGUAUCAGCCGCGAAAUGUCCUCAUUGGAAGUAUUGCUGUGCUGACGACUUGAUCUUUAUUAGAGGUUGAGCCUCAGCGAGAUCGAACUUUUAGUUUAUUUAUUAUCACACCGAUAUCAACCUUGUUUGUUGAUUCAUGUUCAUGUAUUCUCUACAUUAAAAUACAGAUUCGAUAAACGAAAA